GAAAUGCAGGCUAGGCCCGCCGCCGCCCCGCUCUCCGCUCCCGCCCCUCCCAACAAUUCCGCCGCCGCCGCCGCCGCCGCCGCCGCAGUAGUCUCUAUCCUCAGCGACGCGGACCCCGACGACCGCCUCCGCGCGUCCGGCAUCAGCCCGGACCCCGCGCUGUUCCCGCACCUCCGCCAGUCGCUCAGCACCCUCCCGGAGUCCGCGUUCCCCGCGCUCGCCCGCUGGGCCGGCUCCGCCGCCGCCGUCUCCCUCCUCGCCGCCCGCGGCCUCUUCGCCGCCUCCUGGCGCCUCCUCCUCCUCCAGUUCCCUUCAUCACCGCCCCCUCCCCUCGCCACCUUCGCCCCGCUCGUCCGCCGCUACGCCCGCCUUGGCCGCGCCUCCGCGGCCCUCCGCGCGUUCCACUUCCUCCGCCGCAACCCCGACCGCUACACGGUCGAUGGCGACGGCUCCCCCGCCGCGACCUCCCUCCUAAACAUGGCUGUCGGGGCGCUCUGCAAGGAGGGCCACCCGCGCCCGGCCGCGAAACUCGUCGAGCGGUGCCGGCGUGAGGGGGAGCUGGCGCCCGACGAACGGACCUACAACAUGCUCCUCGACGGCUGGUCCAGCGCCCGCCGGCUGGACAAGGUCGGGAAGCUCUGGGCUGAGAUGCGUGUGGCCGGCGUGCGGCCGACGGUGGUCUCAUACGGGACUCUUAUCAAGGCGGUUUGUCGGAUGCAGCAGCCGGACCAGGCCGUGUCUCUCCUCGACGAGAUGAGGAAGGAAGGGAUCGAGGCGAAUCUGGUUACCUGCAACCCCAUCGUGCACGCCCUGGCUCACGCCGGCCGAUUUCGGGACGCAUACAACCUGCUCGAGAAAUUUCCUCUCUACGGGGUGGCGCCUAAUAUCUCGACAUUCAACUCGCUCGUGUUGGCUUACUGCAAAUAUGGAGACCUUGCCGGGGCAAGCGGUGUGCUCAAGGCCAUGAUGGGGAGGGGCAUCUUGCCAACGGCAAAAACGUACAAUUACUUCUUUGUGUUCUUCGCCAAGAACGGCAAUGUUGAGCUGGGGAUGAAUCUUUAUAACAAGAUGGUCAACAAUGGUUAUGCGCCGGACCAGACCACUUACAACCUCCUGGUCAAGAUGUUGUGCGAGGCUAAUCGGCUUGAAUUAGUGGUACAGAUGAUAAAGGAGAUGAAGGCUAAUGGCUUUGAGUCUGAUCUGGCAACAAGCACCAUGCUGAUACAUUUGCUUUGCCGAAACCAUCGGUUUGAAGAAGCGUGUGCUGAAUUUGAGGAUAUGUUUCGUCGAGGGCACGUGCCCCAGUAUAUCACUUACAGGAUGCUUAUGAAAGAGCUCAAGCGGCUGGGUUUGGUUCAACUGGAAGAGAAGUUGACCGAUCUAAUGCGCUCAGUACCACAUUCUACAAAGUUGCCUGGCAGCUACAGAGAAAAGGAAGGCGACAAUGCUAAAGAAAAGAGAAAAUUAAUAUUGGAGAAAGCUCAGGCUGUUUCCAAUGUUCUGAAGGAGUGUAAAGAUCCGAAGGAGUUGCACAAGCUAAAAGAUGAUGAAGAAACUGAUGUCCAGGCCGCAGAUAGGAUAGUAGCCAACAUUAGAAAAAGAGUAUAUGGAGGUGUCUCUAGGUUAGCCUCUCCACUUCCUUGAACAUCGAGUUGGCAAAAUCAAAUCAUGAAGAUUUACUGGAUGAUCAGGGAUUUAGAAGUUGAUCACCUAAGCAAUUUAUAUUUCACACGGUUGAUUGCCCUUUGGGAUGUUCAAGAAGCAAGAAGAGAUUGUAACCUCUAAUCCUGUUUGGUUCUUUUUGUGGAUUGGAUAUCCUCCAUGAGAAAUUCACAGAACAGAAGCAGUGGACAUGCAUGCAUUAAUUUAGUGCUUAAGAUGUGGCAUGGAGCACACAAGCCUUCCCCAUAUAUGUAAGUAAUUUUUGCAUCAUUCUGUUGUGCUCCAUAGCCAUGACUUCUACGUGAUGUCAGUGUUGAAUAACCUGGGCCUGUUAGAUCACCCAGCUAAUCGAGUCUUAGAUGUUGUGCUUAAUCAUGCAUAUGUGAUGUACUUCUGAUUCUUGCAGUUAAAGAUUACUUUGUUCA